AUGGAUCUCGUCGCGACCAUCCGCAAGCAGGGCUCGCGUGGCGGCGUCAACUUUAACUGGGACGACGUCGCCCAGUCCAGCCGCCGCGAACACUAUCUCGGCCACAGCAUCAAAGCACCCGUCGGCCGCUGGCAGCAAGGCCGCGAUCUGACCUGGUAUGCCAAAGAGGGCGAGGGCCAGGGCGACGGCGGCGGCGAAGAAGGUGGCGAAGACAGCAUCGAUGCCGCCGCGGCGGCGCGGCGCGACGAGCUGCGGCGCGUCAAAGAGGCCGAGGAGGAGGCCAUGGCCCGUGCCCUGGGCUUGCCGCCCGGCACGCGACUCGGAGGCGGGCCCGGAGCAGCCGUAGGUCCAGCAGCAGGAACAGGCGCCAACUCGAUUGUCGUGCCGGCCAACGCGUCGCGCAUGCCGCAGCCGCAGCCCGAUUCGUCGGCCGCCGAGGUGAACGCAGCCACCGCGGCAGACGGAGAGACCAUAGCCGGCAUGACGCGCAUGACAGACGUGCGAGGCACGAGAAACACGAACACGAUCGCCGUCCGAGACGAAGCAGGUCACGUGACCGACAUGACCGAGACGACAGAGCGCCCAGAGACUCCCGAGACCGUGCAGACGACAGGCCGAGGCGGCCUCGCAGCCGGAGUCGGAGUCGGAGCCGGAGCCGUACACGACGUCAUGAGCAGAGGCAUGAUCGGAGUCGCAGUCCCAGAGACGGCGGGCGGCGGCGCCACCGCGACGACGACAGAAGAGACGAAAGAAGAGAUCGAGACAGAAAAUAUCGCGACCAGCAAUCUUAGUCGUUAG